AUGCACCAUCCUCACAAUCUUCAGCUUCAUUCGCUCUACCUAAUCCUCAUUAAGCAUACAUACACCAAUCUAUAAUAAUCUAUACCUAAUAUAAUAUAAAUAAAUAAUCAACCAUGCUCGGCCUAACCUCCACUAUCACCGCCGUCCUGGCCCUCGCAACCACCAUCUUCGCCGCCCCUACCACCGAUGCCUUCCCCAACAUCCUCGCUCGCCAGGGCUACGUUAGCAACUGUGCUACGACUUAUACCGUGGCGUCAGGUGACACCUGCCUCGUCAUCGUGAACAAGUACAACGGCGCCUUUACUCUUGACACCUUCUACGCCUGGAACCCCCAAAUCUCCUCCACCUGCAACAACCUGUACCCAGGCGAACAAGUCUGCGUCGGCGUGACCGCCACCACGCCGCCGCCGCCCCCCGCCGGCGGGUGCCCGGCGCCCGUGCUGUCGGGCCUGGCGACCAACUGCGACGACUGCUACAAGGUGGUCGAGGGCGACUCGUGCUGGGCGGUGACCCAGACGCACGGCGUCACCCUCGCCGACUUCCUGUCCUGGAACCCGAGCGUCAACGCCGCCUGCACGAACCUGCAGGUCGGCUACAACUAUUGCGUCGGGGUUGCGGCUUAGCGUGCUAGCUAAUAGCAGGUCGCAAUGAGGUAGGUAGGUACUGUGGGGAAAAGAAUGGUGGAUGGAUCGUGUGGGCUUUCUGGGGCACCUACCUACCUACCUACCUACCUACCUGGUCAGGCCGUGAAAGAAGAAAAAAAAAAGGGGG